AAUUCACAGAUAAACAAUGGCGGUAGUCAUGCAUGCAGUGUUCUUCCAAAGUUAUUAAAAAUUUGAAUAUUUUUUCAUUCAUUAAUGUAAAUGUCGCACUUUCUUUAUUCUCGUACUUGUCAAAAUGUCGAGUUCGAUGCCUUUUGUGAUAAAUCUUGUAAAUACAGCAUUUGGAGUGACUGUUCUCGCUGUUCCUUACUGCUUCCAUCAGUGUGGAGUGGUACUGGGCACUAUACUUCUUGUAGCGUCAUCAUAUGCAUCUAAAAAGUCAUGUAGUUUAUUGCUGAGGUCAGCAGAAUUAUCUCGGAAACGAGACUUUGAAUCAUUAGGUUUUUACAUUGGUGGAUCUUUAGGGAAAUUAAUUGUAGAAAUGAGUCUUAUAGGUUAUUUAGUCGGUACAGCAAUUGCCUGGUUUGUCAUCAUUGGCGAUGUUUCACCAGCGGUUGUGUCAAGUUUACUUGGCAUAGAAAAAUCAUGGGAAUUGAGGUCUUUUUUAAUCGUUGCUAUUGGAGUAUGUGUCGUCCUUCCCCUUUCAUUAGUAAAAGAUAUCACAAGUUUGAGCAAUGCCAGCAACGUAGCCAUUGGAAUUUAUACAAUAUUUGUUUUACAGUUAUUUCUUAGCACUUUACCAAGGAUUUUAUACGGUGAUUGGGUCGGCGAGGUCAACAUCUGGAAACCUGACGGUGUUUUACAAUGUUUACCAAUCUUUGGUAUUUCAUUUCUGUGUCAAACCGUUGUAUUUGUUCUGUACGAAGCGUUACCUGAGCCGUCUGUUAAGAAAAUGGAGCAUGUGGUCAAUACAGCGAUGGAUAUCGUAUUUUUGCUUUCGUUUACCGUCGGAUUCUCUGGUUACGUCAGGUACUACGAUGAUGGGGUGGAAGGAGAUUUAUUGAAUAACUACAAACACGAUUUUAUAUCCGAAUUUAUUCGCUUAGGAUUUUGUAUUUCUACGAUAUUGAGUUUUCCUUUACUGGUGUUUCCAUGUCGAUCCAGUAUUAAUUCCUUGAUUUCCUCAGCAAUGAUUGACCUCGCAGCGCCAACUGGAGGGACCUUUAUUCCACACGACAGAUUUUUCAUAAUCACUUGUUCCCUCAUUUUUGGCACUAUAAUAUGCGGAGUUCUUUUUCCAAGUGUUGAGUUUGUAAUGGCGCUGGUUGGAGCAACAAUGGGUGCAAUGUUGACAUUCAUUUUACCUGCUGUCAUAUUUCUUAAAAUUUCUGGAAAAGCUUCAUCAAAAACCGGAGCGAAGAUCUUAUUGAUAGGUGGUGUUUGUUUACUCUGUCUGAGUACAUUCUCAGUACUGAGCAUGAGCGAGAGUCAGGCAAAGGAGGCCAAAGACAAGAUGGCGGUUGCAGAUCAACAUAUAGCCCCGUUACUUCAUACGCCAACCCUAAUGACGAAUAUAACCUUGGCCAAAGCUACUCAAGAAUUGCGUAAAACUCCGCAAAUUUCAAACAAGAGCUUACUUCCUGGUAGAGGUCAUGAAGAAGAGAAGCGAAAUAUUAUCGAUGAACAGAAAAUCUUAGUUCCGCAAAGAAAUACGGCAGAGAUUGUUGAAGAAUCAAGAAAAGAGCCUGUGUUGCCUCGGGAAGGCGUUGCUAAGCAACUACAAGCUGACGACGACGCAAAGAAUAAUCCACAACAGCAUGCUGGGAUCGAACUUCGUGCUGGGACAAAACUUCAGCAAGAUUUAGUCCGUACAAAAAGCUCGUCCGAGGAUGUCGGCAUAUCGCGUAAACCUCCUGGCUUAUCAAAAGACAAGCCAAUGGACGAAUCUCAAAAAUUAGGCCGUCUUUCCCAGCAAGGAGAUGGUAAACAUCUUGAAGGUGGGUUGAGACGCGACAAAAACACGCCUUUGCGCGAGAAGGAUCGUGCGUUAAACGAUGAAGUACGUGUUGCUCGCGACAGGAAAAUACUGAACGAUCACACAGACUCACCUUCUGAUGUAAAAACCUCAGCCAAGUCUGGAAAUAAUGUAAGUGUCGUUGAUCAAGGGAAUAGUAUCGUCGCUGAACCUAACGAGAAGAAUAGUAAAACACAAAAUGUAAAAAACAAUGAAACAAAUGUUGAUGAAAAGACAGAAAGAGAAACAGAACCAACGAUAAAUAACAUUGAUUCAAAACGGAAGACUACAGCAAAACCAUUUCAUAUAAAUCAGUCACCUUUGUUACGGAAACAAUUUGAACUAACUAAAAAAAUAUUAAUUAUGCGUAAUCGUCGGGACGAACGCUCAGAUGAUAGGGGUACUUAGAAAUACAUACAAAAAAGUUUCAGUAAUUUAUGUCAAUAUUUGGAGGGAAGGAGAUUUUCUAAAAGACUCUUUUGCAGGCAGAGUUGCAAAAAAACUGCAGCGAAUACUACCCGUAGGAAAUCUCGCUGUAUUUGAGAAAGGUUUGAUGUAAAAUGAAGGUAGUGGCAAUUAAUAGGGAGCAGCAAACAUAUAAAUCAUAGCAGCCCUGGCCCGAUUUCCAGUAAUUGUUUCUAAUCCUUAAUUUUGGGAUAACUACAUAUCGAAAAAUACUUUUGCCCGUUUCAGACGUCAAACAUUUCAUGGAAAUGAUCCUAAUCGCGAAUGCAAAUGAAUUUUUACAGACUUUAGCUUUAACUUGGAAAAAGACUAGGUGACAGACAUGCAAUAUAUCAAUGUAAAACUAUAAGACCCCGUUUACACUACACCAGAUUCACGUGUUAUGAUAUCUUCGCCUGCCUUAAAAGGGCCAUGAUUAGUAGCAAAUGCUGAUUGGUUUGAUAGAUUUAGUAUAUUUAUUUCGAUCUCUGACAGUAAAUUUUUUACCGCAUUUUAAUAGCUAGAAAUUUGUACCUAUGCAGCCCGAAGGCAGGUCUGGUAUAAUGUAAACGGGGCCUAUAACGAUUUUCUUUACAACCUGGGGCCAGUUGUAUAAAAAUACGGUUUAUUUACUCAAGAAAUACUGAAGAGUUUUACCCAACCUCCUCCUAAUAUCUAAUGGAUGUACUAUUUAUUUAUUAUAGUUCCAAAAA